GAAUUUGUUUCGCGGACCUCAGUCAUGCACCGAUCGCCGGUCAGUUUGUCACUUUUGUGGCUCAUUUCCACAUUUUUUCUGCUCUCAAGUAACUCAACUUUAGUGAACACCCAUCACAUUUUGGGUCUAUUUGUUAAUGUGCAUCGGUCCCAGUUGCUGGUCCAUUUGGCUGUGUGUCAAGCUCUCUUACAAAAGGGUCACCAAUUGACUUUGGUCACCACAUUGCCAUUGGGGGAUUACGAGCUUCAGGGAAAUGUGACCCAUAUUUACAUUCCAUGGAAGCAGCCAGCGGAGGAAAAUCGCCAUGAAUCUUCCUCGGAUUUAUUGGAGCGACUGGAACGCAGGUUUAAGCGGUUGGAACACGCUGGAGAUUUGCUGGGUCAGCCAGAAUGGAGGAACUUUAUGAAAAGCCCUCCCCAUACUUCAUACGAUCUCUUACUUAUGGGCUACCACUUCAACGAUCAUCUUUUGGGAGUUGCCGCCCAUUUUAAUUGUCCAGUGGCCAUAAUUUCCACCCAACAGCCAACUGGAUUCGUAAAUUCAUUGAUGGGCAAUCCCGAGGAGCGUUGGUAUGUCCCACAACCAUAUGAUGGUCACCAGAGGAGUGGAAUCUCUGCCUGGAUCUUUGGGGUUUGGGAGAAACUAAUGGAAGUCAUAGCGAGGAGAGUUCUGGCCAGGAUAUAUAGAUUACACUUUCCUGAACCAACUUAUCCAGAAUUUGAAACCAUGCGCAAAUCGGUUGUUUUGGCUCUGAAUAAUCAUCACAUGAUCAGCGAGGGACCUAUAGCUCCUGUUGUUCCGAAUAUGGUGGAUAUAGGAGGCAUAGUCUUGGAGCAGAAACGAUAUAGUAAUUUACUGGAUUUAUUAUUUACCAAUCGAUCGAUUAUCAUCUUCAGUUUGGGAUCCCGUUUCACUUGGCGCAAAUCUCCGCAGAAAUUAGUGCAAACUUUUACCAAGGCCUUUUCUCAUUUUCAUGAUUAUGAUAUAUACUGGACCUACGAUGGAUCCAAUGGAAGUGACAUCAGCUCGGAUUAUCCCCAUUUAAAAGUGAGCAAAUGGUGGCCUCAACGUGAAUUACUGGCCAGCGGAAGAGUUAGACUAUUUAUCACUCACGGAGGAAAGGGAAGCAUUUCGGAAGCUCUUUAUUAUGGAGUUCCUAUGCUUGGAUUACCUUUGAUUGGAGAUCAACGAGCGAAUCUUCAAAGAAUGCAGUCAAAGAAUUUUGGAUUGACAUUAUCCACUCACAAUCUUACGCACUCAGAACUUUCCAAAACAAUGCAUCGAAUACUCAGUCACCCAAGUUACGUUGAAAAUAUAUCAAAAGCCUCUGAAAUAUAUAGAGAUCGCCCCUUAAAAUCCAGUGAUUUAGCCACAUUUUGGGUUGAGUACAUCAUUCGGCACAAAGGAGCUGCAAACUUAUAUAAUCCCGCAAGGCAUUUAAAUUUCAUUGAAUAUUACUCCAUCGAUAUUUAUGUAAUGACUUAUGGCUGCUUAAUUCUAACGAUAACCAUACUCAGGAAAAUAAAUAAGUUGAUGUGA